CAAUUUGAAAGGCGUGGAAGAUUACACAAAAGCUCUCCAAAUCGUACAUGAUCAAGAACCAAUGCAAGCAUAUCUUUCUAAUUACGCAAUUCCUAUCGUCGCGGACUGGCCUGGACAGUUUUUCAUUCGUAAAGCUAUUGUACAUCGGCUUAACAACAACGAAACUAUUCCUUCAUUCGUUACAGCAUUUCUACCUAUUAUGGGCCCUCUUCAUGUAUCUUUAAAUGGUCGUGAACUUGUAUUUAAGGAAAAUUUGUUUUUAUUUAACGAUAUUUAUAAAGGACUAUUUGGAAAUCGUAAGAAUCUUG